AUGUAUGCUUAUGCAGCAGUAGCUUUUCUUCGAGUUGAGACGAGUGAGUAUGUCAAAGUUCAGUUGUUAAGUGCUAAAGCCAGAGUUUCCCCAACGGGAAAGAAGAAGACCACUAUUGCAAGACUAGAGUUAUUGGCUGCUACAAUCACUGCACGCCUUGCCUCAUCUAUCACAAAAGAGAUCCCACAUGAAAAAAUCUAUUUGUGGUCCGAUUCAACGACAGUGAUAACUUGGAUAAAAAGAGAAGAUGCUUGGAGUACCUUCGUACAAAACCGUGUUGCUGAAAUCAGAACUUUGUCUUCCAAAGAAAAUUGGAGACAUGUGCCUGAUGUAGUUGUCAAUGAAGAUGAAGUGCUGAAGGAACGAAAGAAAACUCUUGUGUCUACCCCGACUGCCUGUUUGAGUGCUCACGCCAUCGAAAACGUGAACACGGAAGAGCCUGAUUGGUACUAUAGUUACUUUUCCCAAUAUGAGAAAAUUGUGCGUAUGAUCGGCUGGAUAUUGAGAUUUUUUAGAAACUGCAAAAAACCAAAAGAAUUGAGAAAAUGUGAUAUUCUGGAUGCAGAGGACUUUGAAGAAGCGGAGAAAAUAGUAAUAAAGAUCAUUCAAAGUGAAGCAUUCAUUAACGAAAAAGACGAGAAAUUGAAAACUUUAAGAGUUUACAAAGAUGAGGAUGGCAUCAUCAGAUUGAGAACAAAAAUUGAGUAUCGUGAAGACAGCCAUUCUUUUCGAAGACCUGUAGUCCUUCCUUCUCAACACCAUGUUGUGAAACUUUUAAUAGUUUCUUUUCACAAUAGACAUGGUCAUGUGGGGACUCAAAUGCUACUUAACCUGCUGAGUGAACAUUUUUGGAUCUUAAAUGGCCGAAAAACUGUGCGAUCGAUCAUCUCAAAAUGUGUUAUCUGCAAGAGGCAUUCUGGAAAAAAUUUAGAUGCAGAGCCAGCCCCAAUUACCAAAGAUCGAAUCAGAGACACUGCUGUAUUCGAAAUUGUAGGAGUGGACUUAGCUGGCCCAUUGUACUUGAAAGAUGAGAAAAAGACUUGGGUUUGUCUUUUCACAUGCGCGGUGUACAGAGCUGUACAUCUUGAGCUUCUAUCAGACAUUUCCACUGACACAUUUUUGUUGGCCCUGCGCAGAUUUGUGGCAAGAAGAGGUAGAUGUUCAGUUAUCUACUGUGACAAUGGAACAAACUUUAUUGGUGCUAGUAAUUUGCUCCGUUCUUUAGACUGGAACCGGAUCGUUGAGAACGGAGCAAUACAUCGCAUUAAAUGGAAAUUUAACCCCCCUACUGCAUCCUGGUGGGGAGGUUGGUGGGAGAGGUUGAUUCGAGUUAUGAAAAAUGUACUAAAGAGGGUGUUAGGUCAUGCCUUUUUGUCAUAUGAGGAGAUGAUCACGGUUCUCUGCGACUGUGAAUCGAUAAUCAACUCGAGACCUCUCACCUAUAUUUCAGAAAGAGAUACAGAUUUUGUUCCACUGUCGCCAUCAUUAUUCCUACAAGACAUUAGAGAAGUUGGAGUGCCCGACUGUGAUGCAGCAGAUCACAAAAGCCUAAAUAAAAGGAUAAAAUAUCGUCUUGCUUUGCAAAAGGACCUUAGGAAAAGAUUCAGGUCUGAGUAUUUAGGCUCGUUAAUUCAAAGGUCAAAGCUUCAAAAUAAGUCGAUUAUUUCUGUUGGUGAUGUUGUUCUUGUAGGAAACGAUAAUCAGAAGCGUAUCAACUGGCCCUUGGGACGUGUGACAGAAAUCAUCCCCGGAAAAGAGGGAAUUACCAGACUCGUGAGACUUAAAACAGCCCGUGGAGAAAUACUAAGACCGAUUCAACGACUGUUUCCAUUGGAGAUAACUUAUGAUGUGGCUAAGGAUGUCAGAGCUAAAGUGCAACAAGAGCAAGUUACUCCUAAAGUGCAACAACAGCAAGUUACUCCUAAAGUGCAACAACAGCAAGUUACUCCUAAAGUGCAACAAGAGCAAGCUGCUCAUGAAGUGUCGCAGACACGAGUAUUAGAUCCUGAAGGUCCCAUUUCAGAAACUGUCAAAACUCGAUCUGGAAGAAUCGUACAUGGACCAAAAAGACUCGAUUUGUGA